UACUAAAGGUCUUUGGACUCAUUUCUAAUAUUGGAAUCAAGUUAAUUCUUAAAAAUUGCAAGAGCACAGCUUAUGUGUAUGUAUUAGUUCUGUCAACGGAUGACAUUUUAGUUGACAUCACAACUUAACCUCAAUAAUUUGUAUUUUUGGUGACAUUUCGGUAACACAAUUAGUUUUUGUACAAAUUUGAUUGACGAAUUAGUAUUAAAAAAAUUUAUUCCUUAGUUCACAAAAAGAUUAUAAUGCCAGCUUAUCAUUCGAGUUUCUUGGAACCUUGUGCAGUAAUUGGUAAUGUGGCUAUUUUGCCACUCAAAACGCGAUUUAAGGGACCUGCUCCUAUUCAAAGCAAUGAACAAGAACAGGAUAUCAUUGAUGAAUCAUUAUAUUACUUCAAAGCAAAUGUAUUUUUUAGAACUUACGAAAUUAAGUCUGAAGCUGAUAGGUUGUUGAUAUACAUCACCUUGUAUAUUACGGAAUGUUUGAAAAAACUUCAAAAAUGUAGUACAAAAACUCAAGCACAAAAUGAAAUGAGAACUUUGGCUAUAUCUAGAUUUGAUAUUCCUGGAGAUCCAAAAUUUCCUUUAAACUCUGUGUACAGCAAACCUUCUAAUGCAAACGAUGCUGAAAUGUUACGUUCCUAUUUUACACAAUUACGACAAGAAGUUGGGUUGAGAGUUUGUGAUAAAGUUUUUGGAGAUGAUAAAAAACCUAGCAAGUGGUGGUUGUGUUUUGCGAAGAAGAAGUUUAUGGACAAAUCUCUCUCUGGCCCAGGACAGUAAUAAUUAUAUUUUUAUUUUGUGUCAUCUGAAAUAUAGACAAUUUAUAUUUUAUUUUGAAACAACACAUAUUAUCUGGUUUUCAAUAAGUUUAUAUUUUAUCCCAAUUUUGGUUCAUUUGAUAAUAUAUUUCAUUAUUUUAAUUAUAUGACCUUCUAGUCUUAGUUGGAAGGUGUGGAGUGUCUAAUAUGUAUCUUUAUAUUGUUUUCAAUUACCAAUUUUUAAGUCGAAAAAUGUAAAUAAAAUGUAAAAUCAUUAA